UCCACCGAAGAAGAAAACCCGAGUCUGUAUUCGGUUCGACUCGGUCAGAGGUCUGAAAAUGCGUGGUGCUAAACUAGCUUUUUACCACUUUUAUUUUCAGAUGUAAUAAACGACUCGAAGCUUCCGUCUAAAAACUCAUAACGUCGUAUGUGGACAGACCGUAAGAACAUAUUUUUUUUUUACCGAUUUGUAACAUCGCCUUAGUCACUAGAAAUACCGUUGUUAAAGGCUACAUAGGUAGCAUGGCUAACGUUAGCUAGCCGAUUAGCAACCCGUUAGCGAUACAGUGUCGAAUACAUUGACACGAAACUAGUCAAUAACGGGACAAGAAUAAUGUUAAUAAACUAAACGCGGGUUAAUUCCAUGGAUUUAACUGGGUAAAAAAUAGCUAAAUUGACCACUUGAAUCGUCGACUUUUGGUUGACAAGCCGUUUUAAGUUAGUGAGUUGUGUUUGCUAAGUUGCUAGGUUAGCCAGCCACAUCACAACAUAACCUCUUGACAGCCUGCCAGCAGCUAGUUACCGUUACCGUGAGGACGGUCACCGGCCCCCGGUCUCGCUUCUACAGACUGACAGUUAUGGAAGUUAAAUAACGAUAAAUAAACAACUCCAAAUUUAACUUGUUAAUUAUAUAUUUAAAACAAAAUGUCAGCCAGCGGUUUCUCCGACCUGCGGGAAAAGCUGAAGUCCAUGACUCCUCGGGACAAUUACAAAAACAGAGUUGCCGACAAGGACGAGAGUUUCAAAAACAGAAAAGUGAAAGUUACCGACGGAGGCAGUAGAAACGGGAACGGCCGGAAGCGGAAGCACCGAGAUUCCUCCGAGGAUGAGGUGGAACACAGCGACCCUGUGGAGUCCCGUGAGCAGGAGGCGAGGCGUGUCCAGAGUGGCAUUGUUCAGGUAGAGGUCUUCUCUAAAGAGGACUGUGAUGUCAUUGAGGGGAAGAUAAAUGAGGUGGUUGCUAACGGAGAAGCUGGGCUUUACCGGGAACACACUGUAGAUCGGGCUCCGCUACGGAACAAAUAUUUCUUUGGAGAGGGCUAUACAUACGGGGCCCAGCUAGAGAAGAUACUCUCCCUCUCUGUCUCUAAACCCCUCUCUUCCUCUCCCUCUCUGUCUCUAAACCCCUCUCUUCCUCUCCCUCUCUGUCUCUAAACCCCUCUCUUCCUCUCUUCCUCUCU